ACGGACGGAUAGCGCCGGGGAGCGCCCUAGGGAGCCCUCUGGACGCUGCAGUGAGUCUUCCUCUCACCCUGGGCCCCUUAGGAAUGUAAUCGAGGAUGCUGGCCCUGAGGCUGCUCAACGUGGUGGCCCCCGCCUACUUCCUGUGCAUCUCCCUGGUGACCUUCGUGCUGCAGCUCUUCCUCUUCCUGCCUAGUAUGCGUGAGGACCCCUCGGCCGCCCGGCUCGUCUCACCUGCGCUGCUCCAUGGGGCAUUCUUCCUGUUCCUCUCAACCAACGCCCUGGGGAAUUAUGUCCUGGUCAUCCAGAACUCCCCAGACGACCUGGACGCCUGCCAGGGGACCGCAGCCAGGAGGGCCCUGUGCCCUCCGCCCAGCACCCACUUCUGCCGAGUGUGCGCCAGAGUCACCCUGAGGCACGACCAUCACUGUUUCUUCACCGGCAACUGCAUCGGAAGCAGGAACAUGCGCAACUUCAUCCUGUUCUGCCUGUACACCUCCCUGGCCUGCCUCUACUCCAUGGUGGCCGGCGUGGCCUACAUCUCCGCAGUCCUUUCCAUCUCCUUCGCCCACCCCCUGGCCUUCCUCACGCUCCUUCCCACCUCCAUCAGCCAGUUCUUCUCCGGAGCUGUCCUUGGUCCUGAAAUGUUCGUCAUCCUCAUGCUCUACCUCUGGUUUGCCGUCGGCCUGGCCUGCGCUGGCUUCUGCUGCCAUCAGCUGCUGUUGAUCCUCCGGGGGCAGACCCGCCACCAGGUGCGGAAGGGGGUGGCAGUGAGGGCCCGGCCUUGGCGCAAGAACUUACAGGAGGUCUUCGGAAAGAGGUGGCUCCUGGGCCUGCUGGUCCCCGUGUUCAAUGUUGGAAGUGAGAGCUCCAAGCAGCGGGACAAGUAGCAGGCACUCCCAUCAUUUCUCUGUGUGUGUGUAUUGACUCCUCGUGAACAUAAGACCACAACACCCUGUCUCCACCCAUGGCCCACUACAACUUUGGACUGGUAAGGUCCUAGCAUCCACCCCUGGUCUGUAACAUACAGAGAGCAGCGUUGGCUGGUGGAUCAUGACCAGGAGGGAAAAUGGCCACCGAGGCAUUGCUAGGUUCCCCAUGAGCCAGCCUGGUGGCUGCUAACCGUUCAGAGCUGCUGCUUUUGUUUCUUCCCCCUUGGGGUGCCUGCUUUUCCCCUCUGCCUGGUUCACCCACGCUCCACCAAGUCUCAUGUCAUCACUGCUAUCUGCUAGAGCUUUUCCUCUCAGCCCCAUGUUAGGAGUGGGGAGUGGAUUCUUGCUGCUGGUAUGAAGCUCCCCGGGACCUGGAGUCUGGCAAAAGGUUUAAAAUUACCAUGUGUGAGAGGCAGCCAAGUCAGCUCUGCCGGCUGCCAGUGAGGUUGGGAAAGGAGGGGUGUGUGUCCUCAUCCCCUCUGUGGAAUUUUGAACAGUGGAAGGAAAAAAGAACUCAGUAGCUUGCUGCCCAGCCCUCGAGUUGCAAGGCCUUUCUCUGGGAGACAGCAGCCAAUGGCCUGGGAUUUCUAACUGCUGUCCCCUGUCCACCCCGCCCCAGCUGGCGACCCAGUCCAAUCCAGGACCUGGCUGGAUGCUUCCUUUCCCUGGCACUCUUCCAGCCUUUCCCAUUGGUCUCCAGCCUUUGGGUCUUUGCUAGAUGCUGGGAAGGCAAGGAAGAAGAGAGAAGGAAAGGGAGAUACUGAUAAAUGAGAGUGAUAUGUGAUUGCACAGCCAUAUAGAAGGGGGCAUGUGAUUGUGUGUGUGUGUGUGUGAGAGAGAGAGAGAGAGAGAGAGAGAGAGAGAGAGAGAGAAGUGGUAAGGAAUGUCGUUAUGAAAAUAGAGAAAGAAUGGGAGGAGAGAGGGUCACACAGAGAUUGGGCACUCGGAUAUUUGGGGACUGAGAAUGAAAGGGGCAAAUGGGUUCAUUUCUGAAGGACAUUCUAGCAGCUAAAGCUGUUCAGUGUUUGAAUAGUUGCCUGGGAAGGUAGUGAGUGCCUCACAACUGCAGGUAUUCCAGAAGGGUCUAGGCAGUCAUCUGGCAGGCAUGCUGCCGAAAGAAUUUCUGCACAGGGUCAGGGAAAGGAAGAUCCUUUCCCACCCCAAGAUGCCAGUGUCUUCUUCAUGAUUGCCAGGUCCAGAGGCAAGAUCUGCAGAGAUGCCUGUGAAUUAUUUGCUUUCAUGGAGGAUGGGGCGGGCAUGGAGUAGUCUGAAAAUCAUGAUGCAAACUAUCAGGACCCUACCCGACCACCAGGGAGAUGGGACUACUAGGUAUUAAUGCUAGUUGAGGGCGUGGGCCUUUGGGAACAGGGAGACGGAGCAGUGUCGGGGCAGGUCGGGGCAGUGGUGGGGAGAGCAAAGCUGGAAAAUCAUGUUCAACUCUGAGGAGUGAAAUUGGGAGAGUUGAGGCUCGGGAAUGGGGAGACCAGAAUAUAGGGGUGCAAUUGGGAGACCAGCCCUGACUGGCUCUGGAUGAGGGCACUGCUCUGCGUUCCGGGACCCAGAAGACCAGACUCCUGGGGCAUAUGAGGGCGUGGGGACAACACAAGUGCCCCCUCCUGACUGGGUCCCAAGGCCAUCCUGCCAUCCAGUCUGCUGGAGCCCACACUCUGCAGUGUCCAGCUGGUGGCCACAGUGACCCCAACCGUUGCCACACGACACUGCACAACACCUCGAGUUCUUGAGCAGAGCUUGGGAGGACUUUAUCUUGGUUCUGCCUUCAUGCCCCCUAGAGAACUAACGUAGUAAUGGUGCCACCUGCUCAUACUUCUCCCUCUUAUAUUAUUCAUUCAUUCAUCCUACAUGUAUUUACUGAGCACCAACUAUGUGCCAAGUCUCUACCAGGCACUGGUAUACAGUGGUGAACAAGAUGAAAUUCCUGCCACCAAGAGCAUCCUGUUGCUGCCCCAAUGUCCCCACCCCCUGAAAAAUAGUCACUCUGCCAUCUUGCUGGUCAGCAGGCUAGGUCACUUGGAGGGGAAGGAUGUGGCAAAGAGUGUUGAAGGGGAGUCCAGGCUUCCUGGAUGGAGGGGUCAUUGGGGUGGGGGGGGCAUCCUCACCGUCAGUUCUGACCAUAUUGAAUCAGUGGGAGUGGAAGACGAGAAGGGAAAGGGCCUGGCUCACUCCUGACCCCAAAGCUCAAGCUCGGAAGCCAGCCCUGCCAUGCUCAAUCUCCUGGAGGCUCAGCAGUGAGAGGGAGCAAAAGGGAUAUGUGCAGGGAGGCAUCUCCUGGCUGACUGGUCAGUGGGGGUGACAGUGGGGAGGUUGCCAGGUGUAGAACUUGAGAAAUAUUUGUACACAUGGCCCUAUACUGUCGAUGAAGAACGUCAAUAAAAUAUGUGGUUUGAAAUUGGACUUGAUGUGAUUGUUUUGGCACUGUGGUUGGUAGCAGGGCUGGCAAGGCUGGAAUACACUGACGCAGUCAUACUAGCUGCUACAAUAUUUAAGGUAAGUGUUAAAAAUGCUUCUGUUCCAGUCGGUAAAUAACCACUGUCCAGACUCCCUGAGCAAUCCACCCCUGCGCUCCCAGCUUCUCCUGCUCCUUCCCUGGGAUCCUGGGCUCACCUCGAAUCCAGCAAUGAAAAGGGCAGUGCUUGGCAGCUGCGUGGGGCCCCCAGGAUCCCGCUCCAGCCCUUCAGCCAGUGUCCAUGGUGAGUGGUCAGGAUUGUGCUGUGUGGUUGGUAAAAGUGUGGGUAUCAACCCUGGUUGGUAGCAGGUCUACGUGCUGGGACCUGUGGACCCACAGGCACCAGGGGUGGAAUGUCCCACCUGGGAACUUGCCUCCUCCUCCUUCUCCCAAUCCUCCUCUCCCACUCCUUCCCAUGAUACUUGGGGAGUGAAUGAAGAGGGGAGUCCACCUGGUCCUCCGUCUCAGCCAGAAAUGACCACCACUGAGGAUCAGCCAGGGCCCCCUGCCCUCUUGGCCCCUGUAAUACGUGGACACCUUGGUAGCUGGGAGGGUGUUGAGCCCUGCAGGGAGGGAGUGGUCCCUGAGCAGGUGAACGGGCAUAGCCUCUGAUGCAUCCAAAGAUGUGCAGGCCUGGACUGGUGGAGGACACAGCUGCAAAGUGCCCAUUCUACUUGGGCUGCUGAAGAACCUUCAGCCAAGGUCAGUGUUGUAUAUGGGUCGGCAGUCCCUGAACACACACCAAGGGGCAACCAGCAAGGCAGCCCCGAGAUAUGCUGGGGCCAGCGGGAAGGGAUGAAUGGAGCUGCAGCUAACCCGCAGCACGUUCUAGAGUGUGAGCUAUCCAUACUCCACAGGGCAGACACACCUGCCUUGUUCACACUGUACCCUGGAUGCCUGGCAGGGACCAGGCACGUAGUAGGUGCUCAAUGAUUGCACAGAUCAGUGCUCAUUCACUCACUCCAUACCUCUUCUUCCCCGAUGUGCCCAGCACUGGGCUGUGCACACAGUAGGGCUGGAAGACAAAUGAGACAGCUCUGUUCUCCAGGGCUUCACAUCCUGGGAGAGGUUCCUGGGAGUGCUCAAAGGACGAAGAGGGCACAUCCAGAGGUAGGGAGCAGGGAGCUUCCAUUUGGGCAGAGCCUGGAAGGAGGGGUGAGAUCUCUGCAGGUGGAGAGGGAUGGAGAGGGCUGUCCAGGUGGAGGGAACAGGCCUGGAGCCUUGGAAUGAUCGUGGAACAGUUAGGAUAGGGGACAUCACAGUGAGGCAGAGGAGGUAAGGCUAAGAGUUGGGACCUGAGCAGAGGGGCUUUGAAUGCCAAGCUGAGAGAUCUGGAAUAAAUUUGACUGGUAAUAGGGAACCAUUGAAGGUUUUGAGCAAGGGCAUUACCUGAUUAGAGCUAUUAGAGUUCAGAAAACAGAGCCUUGACAGGUAGACUGGAAGUGGAAGGGACCAGAUAAGAGGCAUUUGCUAUGAUCUGCAUAUGAUGUAACCAGGGUCUGGGGGGUAGUGGCUGUAGGCUGGUAAGGAAGGGAAGAUAUCAGAGGCACGUCACAGACAUGGAGCCUGACUGGAGGGGCACUGGUGAAAGGACCCAAGGUGAUCCUGAAGGUUGAGGUGGGGUGAUCAGUGUGACCUCAAAGGACAUCAAGAGCACUGGAAUUGGGAGGAGAACAUGACCCUGGGCAGGGUUCAGGGCCCCCGAAGAGUUCGCCACUGUCAUUGGCCCAUUGGUUGGCAGUUGAUGGUGUCACUCUUAAUAACCACUCUGCAACCUUGAGCGGAGGAAGGGGUUCAGAGCUUUUUUAUGCACAACCCUCUGACUCCCAAAGCCCCGGGUGGGGAACCAUCUGCCUGUGGCAAUAGAGGUCAUAGGUCCUCUGGUCUCCACACCCAGUGUCAGACGCAGUGAGAUACUGGGCUCCCCAGCGCUCGGGAACCAAAGGAGCUUUGGGGAAAGGAUGUACUUGCAGAGACCUAAACCACAUCCCCCUCCACUAUAAUGAGGAGCCCGGUCCUUCGGUCCUGGCAGCCAUCUUUCAGCCAGUCUCCGCCACUAAGAACAUGGUUGUCGCUGUCACUCCAUCUAUUUGGUCCCCCCAUGCCCUGGCUCCUCUCUGUACCCUGUGUCCUCCAACUGGCCUCAUUGUUCCCCCUCAUGUCCCUCCUGCCCUGCUUCUGGGAAUGCACUCAGGGAUGCUUGGGAAGCAGCCCCUCCUGCUGGGGAGAAAAGGGGGUGAUGGGCAGAGAGCAAGGAUGCCUGACUCCUGUCUUAUCCCAGGUGCCUUAGAGAUGAGGCAGAAACUUGGACCUGCUUACCAGCCAGGCGAGCCUGCUGGUGGGGCAGGUGGUGUCUGGGGUAGCUCAGCUGCUCUUGGUGUUGGCCUCUGCCUCUGCCCUAUCCCUCUCUCUCUGGGUCGUGCUGGCCCAGCUUCUCUAUUCAUGCCUCAUUCAUUGAUGCUGACUCGAUGCCAGGCAUGGUGCCAAAAACCAGGAAGGCAAAGAUGAAUGAGACCCAUUGCCUGACCUGGGGGAGC